AUGGGUGGUUUAAUCGAUCUGAACGUAAUGGAGACGGAGGAAGAAGAAACGCAAAAGCAAACGCCUUCUUCAGGUUCUGGGUCGCUCUCUCCUUCGUCGUCUUCCUCAGCGUCUGCGUUUUCAAGCUCUGGUGGUGUUUGUCUGGAGCUUUGGCAUGCUUGUGCUGGACCCCUUAUCUCUCUCCCUAAAAGAGGAAGCCUUGUGUUGUAUUUCCCUCAGGGACAUUUGGAACAAGCCCCCGAUUUCUCCGCCGCGAUUUACGGGCUUACUCCUCACGUGUUCUGUCGUAUUCUCGAUGUCAAGCUUCAUGCAGAGACAGCUACAGAUGAAGUUUAUGCUCAAGUCUCUCUUCUUCCUGAGUCCGAGGACAUUGAGAGGAGAGUGCGUGAGGGAAUUAUAGAUGUUGAUGGUGGUGAGGAAGAUUAUGAAGUGCUUAAGAGAUCAAAUACUCCUCACAUGUUCUGCAAAACCCUCACUGCUUCUGAUACUAGCACUCAUGGAGGCUUCUCUGUUCCUCGCCGAGCUGCUGAGGAUUGCUUCCCUCCUCUGGACUAUAGCCAGCCACGGCCUUCUCAGGAGCUUCUUGCAAGGGAUCUUCAUGGCCUUGAGUGGCGAUUUCGCCACAUAUACCGAGGGCAACCGAGGAGGCAUUUGCUCACUACCGGGUGGAGUGCGUUUGUGAACAAGAAGAAGCUUGUCUCUGGAGAUGCUGUGCUUUUUCUAAGAGGUGAUGAUGGCAAACUGCGGCUCGGAGUUAGAAGAGCUGCUCAAAUCGAAGGCGCUUCUGCUUUCUCGACUCAGUAUACUCAGAAUAUGAACCACAACAAUUUCUCUGAAGUAGCUCAUGCCAUAUCGAUCCAUAGCGUUUUCAGCAUUUACUACAACCCCAAGGCAAGCUGGUCAAACUUCAUAAUUCCUGCACCCAAGUUCUUGAAGAUUGUUAACUAUCCAUUUUGUAUCGGUAUGAGAUUCAAAGCAAGGGUUGAAUCUGAAGAUGCUUCUGAGAGAAGAUCCCCUGGGAUUAUAACUGGAAUCAGCGACUUGGAUCCUAUCAGGUGGCCUGGUUCGAAAUGGAGAUGCCUUUUGGUAAGGUGGGAUGAUGUUGAAGCUAAUGGGCAUCAACAGCGUGUCUCACCAUGGGAGAUCGAACCGUCUGGUUCAAUCUCCAAUUCAGGCAGCUUCAUAACAACUGGUCCCAAGAGAAGCAGGAUUGGCUUUUCCUCAGGAAAGCCUGACAUUCCUGUCUCUGAGGGGAUUCGCGCCACGGACUUUGAGGAAUCUUUAAGAUUCCAGAGGGUCUUGCAAGGUCAAGAAAUUUUUCCGGGUUUUAUCAACACUUCUUCGGAUAGUGGUGCCGGUGCCAGGAGAGGCCGCUUUAAAGGAGCGGAAUUUGGUGAUUCUUUCGGGUUCCAUAAGGUUUUGCAAGGUCAAGAAACAGUUCCUGCCUACUCAAUGACUGAUCAUCGCCCGCACGGGUUGAGCCAGAGGAACAUUUGGUGUGGUCCGUAUCAGAAUUUCAGCACCCGUAUCCUCUCGCCAUCUCCAGUCCAUGUGUCAUCAUCACCCUCUUCCGUCUUGAUACCAAAUCCGAGCGGUCCUGACGGACGUCCGGAGGACCAUCACGGGGAUUCAGGCAGGUGCAGGCUGUUUGGUUUCCCAUUGACGGAUGAGGCCACCACGGCGGUUGCAUCAGCGAUGGUUGUCCCUUGUGUUGAAGGGCAAAAUGUGAAUUCCAUGAAAGGUGCUUCUGCUGUUCAAAGCAAUCAUCAUCAUUCACAGGGAAGAGACAUAUAUGCCAUGAGAGAUAUGUUGCUAGACAUUGCUCUCUAG